AAUAGGCUUAACAGAAGCAAUAAUUUCAUAUAUAGCAACUCGAUCUAAACUGAAACUUGCCAACAUCAGGACCACGGCAAGCGAGAAAUUUUGACAAGAAGGAAGUAAGUGUAGAUUUAGGAACCGUGGCUUUCAGUCCAAAACGAGCAAUGGCAGAGCUGCGGCACUCGAGUUCACUCGGUGCCAGAGCAGCCUCUAACUCACCAAUGAAACGGGACGACGACGCAUCACCUCUUAUUCACCACGGCGACAACACCAUUAAUAAUCCUACAGAUGACGACCAUCAUCGUCACCCUUUCUCUAGAGAUCGUGACCAUCCAUUUUGGUCUAGUUAUCUCCCCUUCUUUAGCGACGAUCUUAGGGUUUCUAGGAUCUCUUUAAUUUUGCUUUUUAUCGUCGCUCUUGCUGCUUUGACCUCCCUUUUCUCCAUCUACCAUCGAUUAAAUGCUCCAUACUUGUGUAAGAAAGAUGGGAUUGUUCUUCAUUGUCCACAUGUUAACGAACCUGCUUCACUUUGGGAGAAUCCAUACUCUGCAACCACUUCAUGGAAGCCUUGUGCUGAGCGCCGCGAUGGUGGAAUAUCAGAUCUUCCUCCAGAGAAUGAGACAAAUGGUUACAUAUUUAUCCAUGCUGAGGGUGGAUUGAAUCAGCAAAGGAUUGCUAUUUGCAAUGCAGUUGCUGUUGCCAAAAUAUUGAAUGCCACUCUUAUUUUGCCUGUGUUGAAGCAGGAUCAGAUCUGGAAGGACCAAACGAAAUUUGAAGACAUUUUUGAUGUUGAUCAUUUCAUUGAUUAUUUGAAGGAUGACGUGCGAAUUGUUCGCGAUAUACCUGAGUGGUUCACGGACAAGGCAGAAUUGUUCUCAAGCAUAAGGCGGACGGUGAAAAACAUUCCAAAAUAUGCACCUGCUCAAUUCUAUAUUGAUAAUGUGCUACCUCGAAUUAAGGAGAAGAAAAUAAUGGCCCUAAAACCUUUUGUUGAUCGGCUUGGGUACGAUAAUGUUCCUCCAGAAAUCAACAGGCUAAGGUGUAGGGUGAAUUAUCAUGCCCUGAAGUUUCUUCCUGAAAUAGAGCAGAUGGCUGAUUUGUUGGUAUCAAGGAUGAGAAACCGUACAGGAAAUUCAAAUCCUUAUAUGGCUCUCCAUCUUAGAUUUGAGAAAGGAAUGGUAGGUCUAUCAUUCUGUGAUUUUGUGGGGACGAGAGAGGAGAAAGCUAUAAUGGCAGAAUAUAGAAAGAAGGAAUGGCCUCGGCGGUACAAGAAUGGUACCCAUCUAUGGCAACUGGCCCUGCAAAAGCGGAAGGAAGGACGGUGCCCUCUUGAACCUGGGGAAGUGGCAGUUAUUCUCCGGGCAAUGGGUUAUCCUAAGGAGACUCAAAUUUAUGUAGCUUCUGGCCAGGUUUAUGGUGGACAAAAUCGGAUGGCUCCUCUGAGGAACAUGUUCCCAAAUCUCGUGACAAAGGAGGAGCUGGCUGCCAAGGAAGAGUUAGAUGGUUUCAGGAAGCAUGUAACCAGCUUGGCAGCUCUAGACUUCUUAGUUUGCCUCAAAUCUGAUGUUUUUGUGAUGACUCAUGGUGGCAACUUUGCUAAAUUGAUCAUCGGGGCACGUAGGUACAUGGGGCACCGUAACAAAUCGAUAAAACCAGACAAGGGGCUUAUGUCGAAAUCUUUUGGAGACCCCUACAUGGGUUGGGCGACAUUUGUAGAAGAUGUUAUUAUCACCCACCAAACACGAACUGGAUUGCCUGAAGAGACCUUCCCCAACUACGACAUUUGGGAAAACCCUCUGACUCCUUGCAUGUGUAAAGCUUGAUAACAUGGAUUUCUAGCUAGGCAUUUCACCACUAAUUUAUUGCAACAAUGAUGUCUGUAUUGUCUGUAAAGAAGUAGCCCCACGUCAAUUGUUGGAGAAGCUAAUGAUGGUACCGAGAAGGAAGAAAUUUGAAGAGUGGCUGAUAGGGUUGGUAAGAACUCGAGGAACAUGAUAUGCAUGAACAGGCAAUGGCUUGAUAUCAACAGGAAUUUGGCAUUGUUAUAUGAGAACUUGUCAUGUAACCAUUUGUAGUGUUCUUUUUUUUUUUUUUUUCUGUAAUUUUGUCUCCAGAACAGAAGAUAAGAGUAUAGCAGCUGUCUACAAGACAAAUUGAUUGAUUUUGUGUAUUAUUUUAGAUAUUGUAAAUUACAAGAUGAAAUAUGCAAGUCUUAAUUAUUAGGUACCA